GGAGGCGGAGGCGCCGGCGCAGGCACAUUUGGAGUUCGAAGCGUCACCGCAGCUGGUGGAAAGUCGUCUGCUUGCCGAGCGCCGCCGGGACAUGCUCGCAGCCUGACUGACCGCAGGUGGCCGCCGCGCCCGGGACACGAAUGAAGAAGCAGCUGCUCCUCCUGUUCACGCACCGGGGACUCGUCAGCCGAGGGGGCCGCAGGGGGAAACGCCGUCGAAAAUGGCUUCGUUCAGUAUCCGCGCCGCGCGUCCUGAGGACUGCUCCGAUCUGCUGCGACUGAUCAAGGAACUAGCCAAGUACGAGGACAUGGAGGAUCAAGUGGUGCUAACCGAGAAAGAGCUGCUUGAGGAUGGCUUUGGCGAGCACCCUUUCUACCACUGUCUCGUUGCGGAAGUGCCGAAAGAACAGUGGUCGUCUGAAGGGCACAGCAUUGUGGGCUUUGCUAUGUAUUACUUCACUUAUGAUCCAUGGAUUGGAAAGCUGUUGUAUCUUGAAGAUUUCUAUGUAAUGGCUGAGUACAGAGGACUUGGUAUUGGAUCAGAAAUUCUGAAGAAUUUGAGUCAGGUUGCUGUCAAGUGCCGCUGCAGCAGUAUGCACUUCCUAGUUGCAGAGUGGAAUGAGCCCUCCAUCAGGUUCUACAAGAGAAGGGGUGCUUCUGAUCUGUCCACUGAAGAGGGCUGGAGGCUCUUCAAAAUCGACAAAGAGUAUCUCUUGAAGAUGGCAGCAGAAGAGUAGUGAGAGAAGAUUCCAGCAGUCAAACUCUUCAAAUGAAUAUACGUGCUCUCUGAAUAAACUCCUUGCUUUCUGUGUUUGUAGUGGAAUAAAGUAGUGUGGAUGCUAAUACUGUGCAACUGUGGUCAGAGUAAUUGGUACUGUGAGCUGGAGUGGAGGCAUCUCAAGUUGAAUAUGUGCUUGUAUCCAUCCUUUACCAGUGUGGGCUUGUAAUCUUUGUAUAUGGAAACUUCAUUCUUGUAAGUGUCAUUCAAAUGUGUACAAUGUACACACUGGUAGGGUUUGUUUUAUUUCCUUUUAUAAAAAUAAAUAGUUUUCAUUCUA